CAGACUGACACGCGGCGCAGCGCGGAGGCGACACGACGCGACGCCUCCCCCCCCCCUCCUCCCCCCGCCGCCGCCGCCGCCGCCUCCGUCCAGCCUUCGUUACAGGACACACGUGUGUCUCAUUUAGACGACUGCGCGGCGCUUUAGUCCUGACAGCGAAGCGGCUUCCGUUACGAGGAAAUGAUGGAGGAGGAACGUCUCUUACGCCUCUGCGCCUAGUUGGGACCGUCCGCAGGAACACUGGAGUCUGCGUUCGCUUUGUUCGACCUCCUGGUGAUCACAGGUCCUGCAAAUCUGAGCGAUCCAUGGAUUUGGGAUUAAUAAAGUUCCCGUCAGUGAAAUGUCUCAGGAUUGGAAAUGCAGCUCCACGUCUGUCUGCUACUUUUUAUUAUCACAACAGCAGAUAAAUCACUGGCUUUUCCCGACCAUCGCUGUGGUGGAAAUCUCCGCCUGGACCAAGAACCGGCAGGACUCCUCAGCCUGGUUCUGCCCGACGGGAACCCUGCAGUUUGCACCUGGUUCGUGGACGUCCCCGUGGGGAGGACGCUGCGCGUCCGGUUGGCGGAGCCGGGCGGGGGCUCCAGCGUCUGGCUGCGCUGUGUCGGGUCCGGGGAGGACCAUGACCUGGUCCUGGACACGGGUCGGGAGGCUCUGCUCUCCGGCUGCGACGGAAACAAGGCGGCCCUCACGUGGACCGGCGCCGGGCGCUCCUCCCUGCAGCUGGACUACGUCCAGGAAGACCAGAGGAAUUCGUCAGAGGGCAGCACAACCCACCGUCCGGGCCGCGGCCUCGUGAGCUGGUCUCCCACAGAAACCGUGUUUACGAGGACAGCUCCUGUAAGCCAAGACGUGGUGAGUGGGAUAGAAGGGGUCAGAGGUCGUCUCUACGAAGGCUGGGGGCGGAGCCGGGGACCUCGGCCUGUGUCUGGACUGUCCUGGGAGGGUCAGGGGUCACUGCAGCCCACCACACCUCUCCGAGGUCUGGCAUUGGCUGAAAGAACCGAUGGAGAAACGCUCCCUCUUCCUGAGGAAGCGACCAACAAUGGAGCGGAUACAUCUGGAAGCGCUCGACCCACUGAUAGUCCCGUAUCAGCCAGAGAGGCAACAAGCUCCUCUGUUCACACACACCACACGCUCAGUACAGACACAUCGGACACAUGGAGCGCAGAAACGAAGUCCGGCACCGAGCUCGCUCAAACCCAGGUGGCCUCGACAGCUGCAGCCGCCAGUAACUCCGACGCGGCGCUGGCUCCAGGCAAACAGCGACAUGCACACGCUGCAGCCACCGCUUCCAGCUCCAGCCUCCCGGCUCUCAGCUCGUCUCCGCCUCCGCCUCCACCUUCACCUCCACCUCCACCUCCACCGACAACCUGGGGAGGCGCCGCCCUCCUUAUCACACAUGGGGGAGCUGUUGGUGAAGGGACGCGCCCACAUUCCUGGACGGGCGCAAACACAAACACGUUUAGCUCUGAUCUGACCUCCGCCGUGACCUCUGACCCCGUGACCUCUGACCCCGUGACCUCGCACAGCGACCCUCUGCAGCACGACUCAGGCAGCGCCCGCGCUGGAGCCGCAGCCGCCGCGUCGGCGUCGCCUUGGACCUCCAGCGCCCACGCCGCUGCCGGUCCCACCGCCACCGCAGCGUCACUUCACCCAAACACAAAUGGCGCUGACUCAUCGGAAUCCGCCACGUCAGGCGCCGUCAGUCAAACCGUUGCAGCGGAAUCAUCUGAUCGGCCCGGCGACGCGCCGGAGUUUCGCACUCCCACUUCCUCCACGCAGAGUGGAGCGAAUCUGCGAAGCACAGCGAGCUUCACGCGCUCCUCAUUCACAGAAACGAGCACGGACACACACACGACUACACAGAGACACGUAAUAUACACACUCAGGCCCGCAGCCUCCUCUCCGCCUGGCGUUGCCACGGUUACCGACGAGACGUCGGGGUCCGCAGCCUCGUCCUCUGCGUUGGGACCCGGCGCCUCCACCGCCGCUGACCUUCAAAGCUCCUCCACGUCUGUCCCAUCGAGCACAUCCAUGUCCACAGACUCGCACCCGCUGCACACACACAGCGCGUCCACGCCUUCAGUGCCUCCUCCACACACACACACCCACUAUGAAACCAGGCCCGUACCCGCAGAACCAUCUACAGCUCAACACACAUCAUCACACGCACCACAUCGCCCACAGUCGCCGUCUUCUACUCAUGAGCCGCACAACUUUAGUGCUGCUGCGCGUGUUCCUCCGCUCGCUCACACAACGAAGAAACCCGAGGAAGGCGGCGAUGUGUGGCGACGGUUGCCCAGCAACACAACCACACACUCACCCACAGCUGGACCACCAACGUCCAACCCCCUGCUGAGCUCCACCAGCAGCCAGCCGCCCAAGUACUACAUAGUGCCCGACCAGCCUGCCGCCAUCAAAGUGGAGACAGUCGAGCUGCUGCUGCAGAUCGUUCUGGAAGACUCCGGCUCAGCUUAUGCGGCAGGAUGGGAGGAGGACGCUGCCGCUUGGGUGCGGCCGUACCUGCAGAAGGCCCCGGGGUUCAGCCGGCUGCUGGGCGUCUGGGGCGGUGGCCACGCUGUGCAGAACCUGGUGGAGUUUCGAACCAGCGGAGCCCUGCAGUGGCUCGGCCGGACAGGACCCGCGUCGCUGCUGGAGCGGACCGGCCUGGCGCAGGCCGUCCGCGAGGCCACGAGCCUCAGGACGUCCAGGAUCACCAACAUCACCGUAGGAGGUCAACAGGGGGAGGUGUGUGACUGGCUGCUGCGGUGCCCGCCUGGUUACGCAUGUGCCUCCCAGCCCGACAGAACCAACUACAGCUGCUCCUCCCUCUGCCACCUGGACCACUGCCAUCACCACGGCAUCUGCACCCACCACCCCGGGCAGCUCCCGGUGUGCCGAUGCCUGGUGGGAGAGAGCUUCUGGUACAUGGGCCAGAGGUGUGACGUGAGGAUGACUCGGGCGCGUCUCGUGGGCGCCUGUCUCGCCAUCCUGCUCAUCAUAGUGACGGUCAUCGGCGUCUUGGCCGUUGUGGCGGUCCGCCGCUACCGGGCCGUUCUGAUCCAGGCCAAAGUGGACCAGACCCGCAGCAGCUAUCGCAGGUUCAACCACUUUGACGAGCUGUCGGGUCGGUUCUGGCUGCGCUCGUGGGCCGGAUCGGCGGACUCCAUGGACAAUCCCGCCUUCACGCGCUCCGACGAGCUGCUGCACCUGCGGGCGCUCGACCGCCCCUGCUGUUACCAUGACGACACGCUGUCACUGGCCUCCACCUGUCCCAGCCACGGGACACGCGUCAACACGAUCUACCCCCACAGCUCUCAGUACGCAUGGAGGGGCAGCGAGCUGAGCGUGGGCGAUGGCGAUGGCGUGUUGGAUUCAGGGAAGGCCAGCGACCUGUCGGUGUGUAGCUGGCCUGUGGAACCCAUUCAGUGGACUCCCUUCCCUCUGCUGCAGCGGCUGUCCUCCCACAGGACGCCUCCGGUGAGGGCGCCGAGGCCGCGGUCCUACUGUGAGGGCAUGGAGCUGGUGGACCUGGAGAAGAGCUGGACUGCUUGAGCCCCCUGUCCUGACACUGCGAUCUGUAGAUCAGCCCUACAUUGUAAAGUUAAAAUGGAUUUCUCUGCUUAAUAAAGUGUGUGGAAACGGA